CUUGCAGACCCGUCUCUCUCCCGUCUCUGUCUCUUAGCACAGAGCUCUUAUUCAGUUCUAGCCCGGCCCUUCCUGCUUCAAUUGUGAUGCUUGUUCUUCCUGGUCACAGACUAUUGACUGCAGAAACAACGAAUUUCCUCCGAACGGCGGUGUCGGUGGCCCUUGCAUUCCUCUGGAUGAACAAAUCUAGUUGGGAUUCCAGAAAAGAAAGGCGCCGGGGCUAAAUACACCCUCCCGAAUCAUACCCCCGCUUCGGGUUCCCUAGAAAAAUCUGGAUGUGUAAAAAGAACUCUUACAGCUGAUGCAGCUUUUCCACGGCUAAGGUAUCUUCUUGGCCGACUACCCAGAGCAAGUUGGAAUGGCUAUGCACAUCUUUCUGAGCCCCCAUGUCUUCAGUUGCAAUGAUGAAAUUAUACGGAAAGGCUUAUUUGAAAUGUUAUUGUAGUGUGGAAUAUAUCAUUCUUAGCUUCCACAUCUAAUAUUUCUUGAAAGGGAACAAUGUGCUGAUAUGGAAAAAACAACCAAGUAGAUUCCUAUGAAGCCAUUCUUAAAGGCACCAUCUCAGAAAGAUGAUGUAAUGGCUGCCUUGGAGUUUUCAUAAGGAAUCGUGGCUGGAAGUGCUGGAUGGUCACCGCUUUCCUUGAGCAUUGCACUUGUUGGACUCCAGUUUCAGGUUUAGGAGAGGGUUGUCCUUUCACAAUGAGCUGCCAAGAAAAUCUCCAUGCUUCUUCUUAACCUUGGGUUCUGUUUAUAACUAGUCUUAGAGUCUUUCCUGGGUCUUCUGCCUCCUGGAAAGUGCUCUCUCUGAGUGGGCGCACCUUUCCACUUCUUCUCCUUGGAAUCAUUUCACAGGGACAGCUCGGAUGUGGUUGUGAACCAUGUCGCGGCCCAAGGGACUGCUAUGGCUUCCAUUGUUCUUCACCCCAGUCUGCAUCAUGUUAAACUCCAAUGUCCUUCUGUGGAUAACUGCCCUCGCCAUCAAGUUCACCCUCAUUGACAGCCAAGCACAGUAUCCAGUUGUUAACACAAAUUAUGGCAAAAUCCGGGGCCUAAGAACACCGUUGCCCAAUGAGAUUUUGGGUCCAGUGGAGCAGUACUUGGGGGUCCCCUAUGCCUCACCCCCAACUGGAGAAAGGCGGUUUCAGCCCCCAGAACCCCCUUCCUCAUGGACUGGGGUCCGGAAUGCUACUCAGUUUGCUGCUGUGUGCCCCCAGCACCUAGAUGAGAGAUCGCUAUUGCAUGACAUGCUGCCCAUCUGGUUUACCGCCAACUUGGAUACCCUGAUGACCUAUGUUCAAGAUCAGAAUGAAGACUGCCUUUACUUAAACAUCUAUGUGCCCACAGAAGAUGGAGCCAACACAAAGAAAAACGCAGAUGAUAUAACCAGUAAUGACCGUGGUGAAGAUGAAGAUAUUCAUGAUCAGAACAGUAAGAAGCCAGUUAUGGUCUAUAUCCACGGUGGAUCUUAUAUGGAGGGCACUGGGAACAUGAUUGAUGGCAGCAUUUUGGCGAGCUAUGGGAACGUUAUUGUGAUCACCAUUAACUACCGUCUGGGAAUAUUAG